AUAUAAUAAUUUUAAAUGUAUAUUUAAAAGUGAUAAUUUAGUAAUUUGUUUUAAAAAAAAGAGAAGAUAAACGAAAAAAUAAUUAAUUUUUAAAAGAAAAUUUGAACAAAAUGUUAAAACGGUUGAGAUGGCAAUUCCUCACCGACACCAUCAUCGCGGCCCGUCACCUAUUGAUUCGGGCCACGUAAAUCGCGACCCGCUAUUCAUCAACGAUAACGAUAAAUUAUCUCCCCAUACAUUCUCUAAUAAUCCCAUUUCCUCUUCCGCCAGCGGGUUACUCGUGGAAAAAUACGAACAUGUCGGUAUUGGUAACAAUAUUAACAAGAAAUCCCAAAUCGCGCAUCAAAUACCAGGUUUGUAUGAUCCAGAAUCGUUUCCCGCUAUCGAAAAAAAAAUCGCGACUUUUCAUCCCCACCCCCAAUUAUCAUCCGAUAGAACGGGAAGUAAUAUUAACAGGGUAAACAAUGAUUCAUUUAAGAACAAUCCAUCCAACCAAAUAUUAAUUUCUAAACAAGGUGAUAAUAGCCUCGUACUAUGUUCAACAAAUAGUGAUUCGACUUACAAUAAUAGUUAUUCCAAUUAUAAGCUGGCUCCCAAUUCGGGAUCCCGGAUAGUAGCCACCAUAAUGCCUCACAUAGAAAUCGAAAAUAAGGUAUCCCCUUCUCUUAUGAAAGGCGUAGACACCGUCAUAAACCACGUCGUAUCCCCCAAAGCUCCUAAUUCUUCUAUAUCUCACCAUAAUUCGUCGUCAGGAAAUCUCAAUAACAAUACCUUAUAUCACCUAGAAACUAACAAACACGAUAACGACAUCGACCUAAAUUCAUGUAGUUCUCAACAAUUUCGAUAUAAUAACCAUAACAAUAAUUCUUAUUAUUUACCGGAAACGGGAAAUUCUGCCCACGCAACUGGAGGAACUCCAGUUUCUAGGCACCUUAAUCAUUCGUCUCUUCAUCAGGACGUUUACAAAUCGGAGAAGGAUAUUAUAUAUUCGCAUCCUUUGUACCCUCUAUUAGCGCUCAUUUUCGAAAAAUGCGAACUAGCCACGUGUACACCCAGGGACACUGUCUCAGCCAAUAACAACGUAAGCGACAUUUGUUCGUCCGAAUCUUUCGCCGAAGAUAUCGCUAUUUUUGCCAAACAACUUCAAUCUGAAAAAACAUUUUACGUGACAAAUUCCGAAAUCGAUUCUUUGAUGAUCCAAGCUAUUCAAGUGAUGAGGUUUCAUCUCCUAGAAUUAGAAAAAGUUCACGAAUUGUGCGAUAAUUUUUGCCAGAGGUACAUAAAUUGUUUGAAGGGCAAAAUGCCGAUCGAUUUAGUCAUAGAGGACAACGGAACCGCUAGUGCCAACCCGCCAUCUUUCCCUUCGCCGGGCGCCGCGUCUCAAUCGCAACCGGUUAAUAUUAUGGACUCAUCUUCCUCUUACCCACCCACUUCGACCGUUACCCAUGAUAACGGUUCGGUUAAAACCGCCAAACCUAACCUGACCGGGCAUAACAAUAAAAAAUCACUUAGUCAACAAAACAAUUUUUUGUCAACCACAAAUUCUUGCGAAAAACUUGAAAACAUGCAGGACAGUAGCAAUAGCAACGGUCCCUUAACUUAUGGCGACCCUUCCGAUCAUACUUCCUCGCCUCCUCAGCUACAUCAAUACGUGACGCCAAGCGGAGGGGCCAAAAAGAAAAAGAUUAGUGGUAACAACCGUAGCAAUGUAACGAGGAACACCGGAAACACGCCCGUGGAGGAUAUCUCUAACGAUUACCACUCCAAUCAUCACGAAGUCGCCAAUAAAUUCAAUGAUAACGAAAUCAAUCACCCUCCACAAAACGACGAUACGAAUAAUAGUAGCGUUAGCGAGAACAAUUUUUAUCCCGCUCUACCUCCAAACGGCUACAAUUACGAUCCUUAUUAUUACCAUCACCCCACGCAUCACCCAGCUGCCGUGGCUUAUUUCGACUACGCCGCCCACAAUCUUAACCCGAUGUCCAACAAUUUCCCUCAUUCUACCAUCGCCCACGAUAAUGACCCCAUCAGAUCAUCUAAUACCAUCAAUCAUAACCAUAAUUCGGGCGCCUCACCACCCACGUCUAAUCACGUCCCUUCCUCAUUUUACAACGUUCCCAAUCUAGGCAAUUUCAAUAACUUGAAUAACUAUGGUGCGGCGGCCGCGGCUGCUGCCAACCAUGUUAUGAUGUUAGCCGGCUAUCCGCCUGUUCACCCUCCUCUUCCUACCCACCCGAGACUGGAUAUUAACGAAAAUAUCGACAAUGUAAACGACAAAAAUAAUUCAUUUAUGCUUAAAGAACAACAAAAUGAACGAGAAAUCGAGGAAACGGCCCUGGGAGAUAUCGUCAACAAAAAUCGGGCUUAUUACGAUUACUACGCCAGCUCCCAAAAUUACCUGCACGGCAAAAUGGUGGGUUUGAACAACCUUAGUAAUCUCAACCGCGCGAAUAUCAACAACAUGUACGAGAUGAGUCACGAUACCGGAAACGAGACAGAAAAAUCGGGUGAUAAUUUGACCAAUUUUAGUAGCCAUCAUGCCAACGACUUGGUGGUUGGCAAUGAUUUUGACUCUUACGCCAACGUCAUGGCUGACAAUUCGAAUCGCCACCCCAUGAUGUUCGGCAUGGGGCACCCGGCCAUGUUUAACCCUUAUUUCGGAGCCCCGCAUCCCCAACACCCUCAUCCCGCUUACCAUCACCUCAACCCACACGCCGCCCUUCUCAACCAUCAUAAUUCAAUGGUCGGUGGGUUCGGCGCCGCCAAUUACAACAAUGGAAAUAUGGGUGGAAAUAAUGGAGGGAACAACAGCAGCGGGAGCAGUAACUUGGGAGCCAAUUUCAACCUCAACGAUAAUUCGUCAGAUCAGGGAGAUCAUAUGGAAAACAGUUUGGGAUCGGAAUGCGGCGAUGACGAAGACGACGACGAUAGGUUAGCUGGAAACGAGGGGUCCGGAGGUGGAAUGUUAGGCAACAAAAAGAGGUCUAAAAAACGUGGAAUAUUUCCCAAAGUGGCCACUAACAUAAUGAGAGCAUGGCUUUUCCAACAUUUGAGCCACCCAUAUCCAUCCGAGGAACAAAAAAAGCAAUUAGCUCAAGAUACCGGUUUAACCAUUUUGCAAGUCAAUAAUUGGUUUAUAAACGCGAGACGAAGGAUAGUUCAACCUAUGAUAGAUCAAUCAAAUAGAGCAGGACCCGCGCCGUAUAGUCCAGAGAGUGCUAACACCGCCGCUUAUUACAAUUCAGAUACAACCUUAAAUCCUUCUAUAAUGCCUUCCCCCGGAAAUAUAAUGCAUAUGAGACAUGAUUCGUUAUCGUCCGAUAUAAACACCGGCUCUGCUGACAAUACUUUACCCAUGUUACACAACGCCGCCUCCUUACCUUCCUCCCCCUCUCUUCAUCUUAAUCUCAACCACAUCCAUGGUAACAAUAACCCUGAGGAAGAAUCCUUGACCAAUGCCUUUAACCCAAUUCCCCCGCACCGCGUUAUGAUGCACCACGACCCGGUUGCAAUGGCGGCAGCUGCCGCCAUGUCUAUGUCUUACCAUCACCAUCAUCCCAUAGUUAAUCCUUAUCAUCAUAAUCCCUACCACCCCUAUCAUCAAUACGUACCACCCAUGCCCACAAAUAAUCAUUACAAUCCCGAUAAUAAUACCCAUCAAGCUUUCGGCGAUAAUAAUGGUAUUAACCAGCUACAUUACCCAGCCGCCGAUCCUCCUACCUUAUAAAUUUCUGAAUUUUCGACAAGAAAAAAUCACGCAUUCAUUGCACAGUUACGCAGUUUGCAGUAUGGCUAUCUUUCCUCACGAACUUAAAUCACAAAACGAGCUAUUACUAAUCUAUUACCAACCCUAUAGGCAAGUCCCGGCUGGCUAUAUCUCAAUUUUUUUAUAUCAUGAAAUAUAUAUAAGUGCAAUGGGGCUAUAAAGAGAAUUGGCGCCUUUUUAUUACUUUUAAAACACAUUUGUUGCCCGCGGGUAUUCAUGUAAUUUUAAUUGACAUAGUUGUUGAUAUCUCUUUAAAAAAAUUCUUUAUUUGUGAAAUAUGUCAAGCACUUGAUAUAUUUCGAAAAACAUUUUUUAAAACUAAAAAUCAUAUGUUAUUCUUUUAAUUCAAGAUAACAAAAAAUUUACACAGAAUCUCUUACGCGUUAUAUGUAAAAAAAUAUUAUACACCAUUUAUAAUUUUGAGAUUUUACUUUGUAUAUUAUUAUAAAUAUCGCUAUAAAAAUAUCAUAAAUUUAAUUUAUUUUAAACAUUUUUAAAAAUUAUUAUUUGUAAAUCGUGUUUUUCAUUUUAAUUGUAAUUUUUUUUUAAAUUUUAUUUUUUCUGUGAGUGCUAUAUCGUUAUACCAUUUAUUUUUUUAAAAAAAAUUAUGAUUAUUAACUUCUUAGCAAAAUUUUUAUUACUCUAAUUUACCUAUAGUUUAUAUUAUUAUAUAUAUUUUUCAUAAAA